CGGGGCAGCCUCGGGGAUGUGGGGGGAGCUGUGAGGAGAGAGAGGGGGGCAGCCCUGGCGUGGCUGUGAAGGAGAUGCCGUAGGGUGGGAUGUUCCCGUAGCACCGGGAGUCCCAGCGUGUCACCCUCCUAAAGGGAGCGGAUUGCUGGGGUGAGGAGUGCCGGUGGGCACAGGGCCUGAGGGAGCUGUGCCCCAGAUGUGCUGAGGGACUGGCGGGGGCCUCAGGAAGGUCUCAGGGGCCGCCAGCAGCAGGUUUGGGCUCUGGGUGGGAGGAUGAAGGAGACGUGCCGGAUCUGCGCCCGGGAGCUGUGCGGCAACCAGCGGCGAUGGAUCUUCCACACGGCAGCCAAGCUGAACCUCCAGGUGCUGCUCUCCCACGUCCUGGGCAGGGAGCUGUGCCGGGACGGCAGGUCCGAGUUCGUGUGCAGCAAGUGUGCCUUCAUGCUGGACCGCAUCUACAGGUUCGACACCGUCAUCGCGCGCAUCGAAGCCCUCUCCAUCGAGCGCCUGCAGAAACUGCUGCUGGAGAAAGACCGCCUCAAGUUCUGCAUCGCAAGCAUGUACCGCAGGAACAACGAAGACUCCGGCGCGGAUGACAGAGCUGGGGAUGGGGCUGUGGACCUUUCUAACCUGCCUGACGUACGGUACGCUGCCCUCCUUCAGGAGGACUUUGCUUAUUCUGGGUAUGAAUACUGGAUGGACCAAGAUGAGCACGGCUUGGAGCUGCACAGCUGCCACACUUCAGAAGGAGCAAGUAACCGUCCGCGGCGCUGCCGGGGCUGUGCCGCGCUGCGCGUGGCCGAUGCUGACUACGAAGCAAUUUGCAAAGUUCCGCGGAAGGUGGCCAGAAGCAUCUCCUGCGGGCUGUCCAGCCGGUGGUCGGCCAGCAUGGGCAACGAGGAGUCAUCUGUGUGUGACGUGGUGGAGUCUGCCAGCGCCAGAGGGCCUGUGGAUGGGGAGAGCAUGGAGGAAGGCACGCCAGCCUCCUCCGUUGAGUCCCUGGACACGACUGUGGAGGCGAGCUCGUCACAGCAGAAGGAUGAAGAUGCAGAUAAGGGGGUGAAAGGGAAUGGAAAACUUGAUGAUUUCUCAGAUGACCACAUGACCCACAACUCCUCGUUGAGUGGGAACAGGCUGGAGCUGGCCCUCAGCUUGAUCAAGGCUCUGGACUACAAGCCCCUCCAGAGCCCCCGUGGCAGCAAGCUGCCCAUUCUGGUGAAGUCCAGCCUGCCCCCUCCCAAGCUUGGCCAUGACUUGGCAGAUGGCAACGCUUCUGCUGGCAUAGCAUGUGCUGGCUCUGCCUUCCUGAACACAGACAGAAAAUCCUUUUCCAGAGCUCCUCUGGGUCUUUCCUUGGAGAUUUCUGAACUGCAGGAGCUGUGGGAUGACCUCUGUGAGGAUUAUAUGCCGCUGCGGGUACAGAAUUUGCAGGAUGAACAUCAGCAACCAGCUCCAGGUGGCCCUGCAGCAGGGGAGCACACGUCCGAUCUGUAUGCUGCAGAGCUGCAGGGCAAAAUCCAGCAGUUUGAAGCUGACAACAAGUUGUUACAGGAAAAGCUGAAUGAAUUGAAUUUUGAAUUAAAAUCUGGUCAAGAAAAAUUGCAGAGGCAAGAUAGUACAAUCCAGAGUCUGAACGACGCCCUGAAGAGCAAAGAGUGUAAGACAGAAGAGCUGUACCAUAUCAUCGAAGGGCAGAAUGAGACAAUUGCCAAGCUGCAGGACAUGUUACACAGGAGCCACCUGGGACAGCUGCAGAUGUCAGAGAGCCCACUCUCAUCCCAGGAGCAGCAAAUGUCACUGCUGGAUCUUCAGAACGCACUUUUCUGCACCAAACUGGAGGUGCGGAAGCUGAAAAGGGCUCAGCGCCAGAAAGAGCAUCAGGUGGCUGAAGCCAGGAGAACAACCCAGCUCUUAGAGACCAUGGUGCGUGAGGAAGAGCAGCAGAAAGAGGCAACCUGGAAACACAACCAGGAGCUGCGUGCUGUGGUACAGCAGCUGCAGGCAGAGCUGCAGGACAAGGCUCAGCAGCUCCAGGCUGCGGAGUGGGAGAAAUGUCGGGAGCUGCAGGCCCAGGAGCAGAGAGUUCAGCGUUUGAGUCAGAAUCUGGCUCGCAAGGAACAGCUUCUGCAGGAAUCGAGGGAGCUUCUGCAAUGCCAGCAAAGCUUGGACAAGAGCCCUGCGGCCAUCAAUGUCAUGUUGGAGAAACUGCAGCAACGAAUCAGUGACAGGGAUGCUGCUCUGGAGCGAGCAGUGGAUGAGAAGUUUUGUGCCCUGGAGAAGAAGGAACAAGAGCUGCAACAGCUCCAUCUCUCAUUGAGAGAGCAUGGAAGUGACCUGGAGAGACUGCGCAACGUCCUGUCCAGCAACGAGGCCACCAUUCAUAGCCUGGAGAGCCUCUUGAAAGCCAAAACCCUGGAACUAGAGCAGGUCUUGGCAACCUGCCAAAACCUCCACUGGCUCAAGGAGGAGAUGGAGGCCAAAUCCUGUAGCAGGCAGAAGGAGCAGGAGGGGAUCAUCCAGCAGCUGCAGACCUGCCUGCAUGACAGGAACAAGGAGGUGGAGGAGCUUACAGCAACCCUACUGUGCAAGCUGGGCCCAGGGCAGAGCGAGGUAGCUGAGGAGCUGUGCUUGCGUCUCCAGCACAAGGAGAAGAUGCUGCAGGAUCUCCUCAGCGACAGGAACAGUCAGACCAUGGAGCAUGAUGCUGAAAUCCGGGAGCUGCUGCAGGCCAUGAGCACGAAGGAGCAGCAUUGCCGAGCAGCUGCUGAGAAGAUGGCACACGCUCUGGCUGAAAGGAGCUGUGAGUUACAACUCAUGCGCCAGCGUGUGUUGGGAAAGGAGCCUGUUGGAACCCAGUCAGCUGGUGCCAGGCUGUUAAAGCAAGACAAACAACCCAUACAAGAAAUACUGCAGAGGGAUUGUGGAGCUACAGCCAUUGCCGGAUCCCCCCAGGGGGACAGCAGCUGCAGGACAGAGGGAGUUACAAUGUCAGCAGCAGAACUGGAGAAGGAUCUUGUUAAUGCCAAAGAAGAGCUGGAACUCGUGGCAAAGAAAGAAAGGGAAAGCAGGAGGGAGCUCACUGCUCUCCAGUCUGUCGUGGCCACACAGGAGGAAGAGCUGCAGGUUCAGGCCUCAGAUAUCGAGUCCUUGACCAGGACCAUCCAGAUCAAAGAGGACCUCAUCAAGGAUCUGCAGAUGCAGCUGGUGGAUCCUGAAGAAAUUCCAGCCGUGGAAAGGCUGACACAAGAAGUACUGAUGCUUCGGGAGAAAGUGGCCAUAGCAGAGUCACGAGGACAAGAGGCUACUGGAAACAGAAGGCAGCAGUUGUUACUGAUGCUGGAAGGGCUGGUGGCUGAAAGGAAUCGGUUAAAUGAGGCUCUCCAGGCAGAGAGGCAGCUCUAUGGCAGCCUAGUAAAGUUUCACACGCACCCAGACAGCGCUGCGAGAGACCACACUCUGCAGGUGGAGUUGGAAGGGGUCCAGGAGCUCCGGGGACAGCUGGAAGAAGCUCUUGGAAGAAGCUUGGAGCGUUUGAGCAGGCUGGAGACUCAGGGCACCAUAGGAGGUCAGGCCACAGGGACAAAUGCUGAUGAUGCCAGCACUAUCUUCACUGGCAGCACUGAGGAGAUGGCCCACAAUGCAGCGACCUGCCGUAGAAGCCAGUGGGUCUCUAAGGAAGCUGGAGGCACUGAAAGGGACCCCAUGGGUAGCAUGGCACCCUCCGUGCCAGAGCGGGAGCUGCGGGCAGAAGAGGAGCUGCGGGAGCUGAAGGCACAGCUGGAGGAAGCCGGCUUCACCUCUGUCUCCCACAUCAGGAAGGUGAUGCUGAGCCUGUGCCUGGAGAAUGCGGAGCUCAAGGAGCGGAUGGGUGAAGCUACAUCACUGCUGGAGAGCGGGGAGCAGGAGGAGGCUGGGCUGGGCAGCUCUCCAGUUCCUGAGCCCCGCAGGCUGCAGCGGAAGAGCCGUAGCAGUCUUGGGGACCACCCGGCUGGUGGCAGUGGGGAUGGCCAGGGGAUUUCAGGAGAGAGGGGAGCUGUGCCCACCAAACGCCCAGCGCUGGAGGUGCGAUCCCAAGAUGACGUGCCCAAGAGACCCUUCCCUGGUGCCCUGGCUGGAGAGGACGGGAGCCACGCGGAGGGCACGGUCCCUGGCAGGGGCUGGCCGGGGCUGGGCACAGAGCUGCGCUCUCAGGUGGCACAGGGCCAAAGGCAGUGCCAGGAGCUGCAGGACAAACUUGCCGCCUCGGAGGCUACAGUGCGGGCACAAGCUGAGCAGCUGGAGAAGUACCACGUCCUGCUUCGUGAACCCCACGCCCAGCAGCUCAGCAAGCAAGUGCAGGUGGACUUCCAGGACCUGGGCUAUGAGACAUGUGGGCGAAGCGAGACAGAGGCUGACCGGGAUGAGACCACCAGCCCCGAGUGCGAGGAGCCAGAUGUAUUCAGCGAGCCUAGUCUGGGUGAGGAGCUGGGGUCCCCGUGCCAGCCAGGAAUGCCCGGGGUAGGCAAGGCUGCUCAGAAAGCUGUGGUCUCGGCAGACGUAGGGGUCUUACACCAGCACAUCCAGGACCUGAAGGUGCAGCUGCUCAAUGCCAACAAGGUGAUCCAGAGCCUGCAGCGCCGUGCCCGCUCUGUCUCCGUCACCAGUGGCUACACCUCAGGUGCCGAGCGGUCCAUGCCAGGUCCCACAGCCCUGGUGUCCCCAGCUUACAGCCUCACCGAUGAGGACGAGGGCUGGCAGUCGGAUGGUCACAGCACCCUCUGCCCGCCUGCCCUGCGGGCACACCGUGACCUGCAGCACCUGGUGCACCGCGUUGCUCUCCUCGAGGCGCAGCUGCCCACAACCAAGCCCAGAGGGGUUUUGCCCAAGGAGCUGCAAUCUGCUACCUGGCCAGGGAAGUACGACUCGCUGAUCCAAGCGCAGGCUCGGGAGCUGUCACACCUGCGGCAGACACUGCGGGAGGGCCGUGGGGUGAGCCGCAGCCUGGCCCAGCAUCUGCACGAUGCUCUGCGAUCCUUUGAGGAGCUUCUCCGCGGCACUGACAUCGACUACUACCUGGGCCAGGGCUUUCGGGAGCAGCUGGCCCAGGGCAGGCAGUUGGCUGAGAGGCUCAGUGACAAGCUGGGCACUAGAGAUCGACAAGAUCGGGAGGAUAAAACCAGCCAUGAACUCCUGGCAUUGAGACUCAGCCGGGAGCUCCAGGAGAAGGAGAAAGUGAUCAAAAGUCUGGAGGCGAAGCUGCAGGAGCGCUGCGAGUCCCCACGCAGCAGCCGCUCACCUUCUGAGUUGUCCUGCUCUGCCACCAGCACCUCCUUUGUGUCCGAGGGGCUGGAGCCCUGCUCUGAUGGGGACACGGCCAGCGAGUGCAGCCAGUGCCACCAGGAGCCCGCCCAACUCGCAGGCCUUCAGUUUGAUUCCUUGCCUAAACCCAUUAGUGCUACCCUGCCUGCAGUGGCCCCUGGGCUCAGCCCCUUCCUGCCUGCCGGGCCACCCCCUCCCACCACCGCCCCACUCCUGGGCUGCUGCGGGGUCCCGCUCUGCUCCCUGGCCGAGGCGCAGCAGGAGCUGCAGGUGCUCCGGAGGCAGCUGGGAGAAAAUGUGACGCUGCCUGCAGCUCCAGCAAAGCCCUCAGCUCCACUGGGCCCCUUUGGAGAGGGCAGCAAAGCUCCAGCAUCACUCUGCUGUCAUGGCGUGCUGCAGAGCUUGGCUGGGCCCCCUGGGGCCACUGAGACCCCCACCCUCUGGGAUGUACCUGCUCCUGGCCAGCCGCUUUAUGGGGCCCUGCCAUCAGGGUACCCCUCUAGCCAGAAGCUAACAGGGACAGACCUGCUGGAAGAGCACUUGGUGGAGAUCCGUGGCCUGCGCCAGCAGCUUGAGGAGUCCAUCAGCACCAACAACCGGCUUCGGGAGCAGCUCGAAUGCCGCCUGGCCUCUACUGGCAAGGCCAGCGGAUUGCCAAGUGACAUCUACACUCAGGGGCUGGAGCCAGGGCUGCAGGUGACCAGGGAGAACCAGGCUCUGCGUGAGGAGAACCGGACCCUGCGACUCCAGCGAGAUCACCUCUCCCAAGAGCUGGCGCGGGUGCAGGAGGCACUCCUGGCUGCCUGCUCUCGGGCGCGGGAGGCUGAAGCAGAACUGGGUCAGAGGUGUGGGGAGCAGCAGAGGCUGGCGGAGGAGCUUGCUGAGUGCCAAGAGACCGUUCGGCAGCUCCGGGACAAGCGGCAUUCUCUGCAAGAGGACAACAACAGGCUGCAGCACACGGUGACACUCCUGCAGCAGCAGAGUGAGGAGCAUCACGUGCUCCUGCAGACCCUGCGUGCAGAGCUGCAUGUCUACGAGAGCCUCCCUGGUCCCUCUGCUGAGACCCGUGCAGGCUGCUUCCCAUCUCCUCCGGUGCGGGAUGUUGGCACAAGCUCGGCAGCUCCCCACUUCUCCCCACUGCCCUCUGACACAUCAGAGGCCCAGCGGAUGGAUGAGCCUCGUGGGGUAAACUCACCAGUGAGGAAGAGCGAGGGACAGACAGGGACUCAUGUUAUCGGCCGCCUGGACACCUACCGGGCCCUGGAGCAGCAUGUUCUGGAGGGGAAGGUGCUGGCCCGUGAGCUGAUGUGUCUGACACGCCCAGCGCUCUGCCCGCUCCCGGCAAAGGAGGCAUUGGGGUGCACAGGUGCAGGGCACCUCUGGGGCAGCGCCAGCACCUUGCACCGUGUCCUGGAGGAGUGUGCGUCCCUCCUCGCUGCGUUCUGGAGCACCCCUCUGCCCGGCAGCCCUGCACAGCACCAGGGCAAGGAGCAGGUGCUACAGGGUGAGAUUGCGGCACUGCGGGCCCAGCUCUCCAAGAGGGAAGAUGCUCUGCAGAGCAUGGCCGAGCGGCUGCACAGCACAGCCCAGCUGAAGGACAGCAUGGAGCAGUUCAUUGUGAGCCAGUUGACCAGGACCCACAACGUGCUACGCAAGGCCAGGACAAACCUGGAGGUGAAGGCACAGCAGGCUCUGCCUGUCGUGUGAGCCCGAGGCAUGGCAGGGAGCGAUGCCCCCUGCAGCAGAACAGCCCCUGCCUGCCGAGCCGUGCCAUUCCGGAAGGUUGGAGCAGAGCCUGUCCCUGCUACUACUAAGGUCUAGGGUGGGCAGUGGUCUGGAGUGCCCAGUGCUGCACAGUGAGCGGGUCUGGGCUCAUGUGGUGUUUGUAUGCCUUCACCUGCCUUCACUUGGCCCGUGUUUCAGUGCUUGCCCCGCUUCUGCCCUCUGCACUGAGCACCUCUUGCCCCAGGACUUGGUUCCGCUUGUAACCCUGCUGUAUACCCUUCCCUGCUUGCAGAUGUAUGUAUAUGUAUAUAGAGAGAGGUAUUGGAGCUGCGUUUCAGGGGCUCCUUGGGCAUGUCAGGGCCCCAGCACGGGAGGAAGAUGUAAGAAAUGCCAUGUUCUGCUCAGUGGCUGGAGAGUUCCCAAUAAAUAUUUCCUUUG